UUUCCCUAAAUAGACAAACUUUUCCGGAAUCUUUUUGCUUCUUAGUCAGGCUCAAUAUUAAUCUCUCUUCCUUUGUGCCUAUAAAUUCCGUCGCAUAGUUCUCAUACCAACUUGCAUCAAAACCAAAGCCAAAAACAAAAACCAAAAAAAAAAUCCUUUGUUUACAUACACAAACUCUUUUUUCUUCUGAGAUCAUAUUUGUCUUUAACCAUAUGGCAAGAAUCAUGGAACCAUUAGCAGUUGGAAGAGUAGUAGGAGAGGUGGUGGACAUUUUCUCACCAAGUGUAAGAAUGAAUGUCAUUUACAACUCCAACAAGCAAGUUGCUAAUGGUCAUGAGCUUAUGCCUUCUGUCAUUGUAUCCAAACCUCGUGUUGAGAUUGGUGGUGACGAUUUGAGGACUGCUUAUACAUUGAUUAUGACAGACCCUGAUGCUCCAAGCCCUAGCGACCCAUACUUAAGAGAACAUCUUCAUUGGAUGGUAACGGAUAUUCCUGGUACCACUGAUGUGUCUUUCGGAAAAGAAAUUGUGGGGUAUGAAACACCAAAGCCGGUGGUGGGUAUUCACAGGUAUGUAUUCGUGUUGUUCAAGCAGAGAGGAAGGCAAACUGUUAGAGCUCCAGCUUCCAGAGACAACUUCAACACUAGGCAAUUCUCUGAACAGAAUGGGCUGGGCCUUCCUGUGGCUGCAGUUUACUUCAAUGCACAGAGGGAAACUGCUGCAAGAAGAAGAUGAUGAAUGAACAAAUGAAUGAAUGAAUUUCAAAGACGGAAAAAAAAAAAUUUAAAAAUUUAAAAAAAAUUAAAAAAAAAAAAAAAAAAAAGAUGAGGAAAUAUGGUCUAUUUUUAUCUUUAUCAGCAGUUUAUUUCUCAUGGUUUUAGGGUUUGGAAUGAUAUAUUCUUUUUUUUUGUUUUUUUUGGGUUAAAAAAAUAUUAUUGGUGGGAAAGGAGUUUUCAUCAGACAGCUUGGCAGGCUCUGUGGGGGUAGGUAUUCAACUGUUUUACUUCUAACUAGGUUUUGGGACAGGUGUGGGUCCCACAACCUAAAGGAUCUCAUAUGUGGGUGAUUGGACUUCACAUAUAUAGAGUAUCGUAGCUAGAUACGUCCCCUUCCAUUAGACACGUGGCAUGCAAUAAGAACGUCUUCAGGUAUUUCUACGACUUGGUUGGACUCUAAUAUGCUAUUUUGUCGUCCUCAAAUAAAUGGAAAAUGUAGCAGAGCAUUGCCAUUUGUAUUUUUGGUUAA